AUGAAUGGUUUUGAUAUAGAUAAUAGUAUGAAACAGUCCCAAUUGGAAAUGCCAUAUCCAAAUGAGGGCGAAGGCGGGCAGCACCAAAAUACCCAUGAGUUUGCAACAUCUUACGAUGCUGAAGAGGAUCCCAACGAUGUUGACAACCAUUCGAUUAGUACCCAUUUUUCAUACCAUGAUGGGAAAUCGUUAUUGGAGCAAGGGAUCAAAAAGUUAGCACUAGAUCACUUGCACAGCAACAAUGCUAGCGUCGACUCGAAUCUCGGUAUGAAAUCACAAUUUCCUUCGUAUUUUGGUAAUUCGCCAUUGGACGCAGCUGCUUCAGUCGCUGCAGCCGGAAUACCUCGCCAUGAACGAAGACUUUCACUAUCUGCACAACAAGCGGAACCAGAGGUAUUGAUAUCUAGUCCAAUGUCCCAAAAGCCAUCAUCAUCAUCAUCUGCUCAGAUCUUAGAUGUAGAACGGAUCAAAUCAGCUCAAUAUAAGAUGGGCCUAAUUGCUGAUGAUGGUCAGCAUUCCUACGAUUCACCCUCUCUUGAAUUGGUAGAGUUGUAUUCAAGUGUCAGCGAUUGCAGGGAACUGAGAGAGAAGUACCAAACCUUGUCAUUACAAAAACACCAUCAAAACCCGAAGAACAGACCUGAUUGGAAAAUUUAUCCACCACCGCCAAAACCUUCCUAUAAUGCAGCAAAUAAAACUGUUGUGAAGGUCAGUAAUUUGCCAGACUCAAAAUCUUUUGACAUUAAUGAAUGCGAAAUUCCUGGCUUAGAUGAAGAUGUGGACUUCAGACUCAAUAGCGAUGAAGUUUAUGUUUUAUAUGAUACUAAAACUGAGGACAAAAAACAGGCUGGAAACGUCUUUCCAACACUACGUGAAUAUUAUAUUGACAUGGAAAAGAUCAUUUCUGUCUCCUCUGAUGGUCCAGCAAAAUCAUUUGCUUUCAGAAGAUUGCAAUACCUUGAAGCUCGUUGGAAUUUGUAUUCGCUUCUAAACGAAUAUCAUGAAACUGCUGUAUCAAAAAAGAACCCUCAUAGAGAUUUCUACAAUGUCAGAAAAGUAGAUACUCACGUUCACCAUUCGGCAUGUAUGAAUCAAAAGCAUUUGCUUCGUUUCAUAAAGCAUAAAUUGCGCCAUUCGAAAGAUGAAAAGGUCAUUUUUAGAGAUGAAAAAAUCUUGACAUUAGAAGAGGUCUUCCAAUCGUUGAAACUGUCAGGGUAUGACCUUUCUAUCGAUACUUUGGAUAUGCAUGCACACAAGGAUACAUUUCAUAGGUUUGACAAAUUCAAUUUGAAAUAUAAUCCUAUUGGGGAAUCUCGUUUACGUGAGAUAUUCCUAAAAACCGACAAUUAUAUCGAUGGUAAGUAUCUCGCUGAAAUAACAACGGAAGUCAUUUCAGAUUUGGAAAAUUCAAAAUAUCAGAACUGCGAGUACAGAAUCUCUAUCUACGGAAGAUCUCCUGACGAGUGGGAUAAAUUGGCUGCUUGGGUGGUUGAUAACAAGCUUAUCUCUCACAAUGUGAGAUGGUUGAUCCAAAUCCCAAGAUUAUAUGAUGUUUAUAAGAAAACGGGAAUUGUCGAGAACUUUUUUGAUAUCUGUAAAAGCAUUUUUUUGCCAUUAUUUGAGGUAACACAAAAUCCACAAUCCCACCCUAAGCUACACAUUUUCCUACAACGCGUUGUAGGUUUUGAUAGUGUUGAUGAUGAAUCUAAAGUGGAUAGGCGCUUCCAGAAAAAAUAUCCAAAACCAACUCUUUGGGAUUCAACUCAAAAUCCACCAUAUUCGUACCAACUAUACUACUUGUACGCGAACAUUGCAUCUUUGAACUGGUGGAGAGCAAAGCGUGGUUUCAAUACGUUAGUCUUAAGACCACAUUGUGGUGAGGCAGGAGAUCCUGAACAUUUAAUUUCAGCUUACUUGUUAGCUCAAGGAAUUAAUCAUGGUAUACUCUUGAGAAAGAUUCCAUUCGUACAAUAUUUAUUCUAUUUGGAUCAAAUUGGGAUUGCUAUGUCCCCAUUAUCAAAUAACGCGUUGUUCUUGACGUACGAUAAGAACCCAUUCCAAUACUAUUUCAAAAGAGGUCUCAAUGUUUCGCUUUCAACUGAUGAUCCAUUGCAAUUUUCUUACACUAGAGAACCUUUAAUUGAAGAGUAUUCUGUUGCUGCACAAAUAUACAAAUUGUCCAACGUUGAUAUGUGUGAACUUGCCAAAAACUCUGUUAUGCAGAGUGGUUGGGAAGCUCAAAUUAAAAGGCACUGGAUCGGUAAACACUUUGAAAAAGAAGGUAUCGAAGGGAAUGAUCUUGAAAAAACCAAUGUUCCAGAUAUAAGAGUCAAUUAUAGAUAUGAAACUUUGAAAACUGAACUUGAACUUGUCAAACAUUUUUCCAGUUUCGCAAGUCUUUCAGCCUCGAAAUGA